CGUAGGAUCAUGGGAUCAUUGAAAAUCAGAAAUAAAACUCAAGUUGUGAGCUCUUUCGAGCUCACCGUGGAUUAGUCUCGUUCAAUCAUGAACGGGGAUACCACGUAAAAUCUCGUGUUGUUCGUGUUCGCUUUCAUUCCGCAUUGCAGAAUUCUACAUGGUAUCAGAGCUAACCUUGAUCUAGGGUUAAAGUUUUCUUCUCCGGCGCCGCACGUCUUUCUCGCUAGGGCUUCUCAGCGUUCCGCGUCCUCAGCUCGUGCAUACUGCCCUCUCUAUCGUUUUUUUUUUUUUUUGGUCUUCUUCGGCACAAUGAGUUUGGAUACUGGUGCUCUCACCACCGGGGUUCCCUCUGGCAUCGACGCACUGUCGCCUCUCCAUCUCCAUCCCGCGGAUCACCCCAACCUCAUGUUUGUCAGCGAGGCACUCACCGACUUCAAUUACGGUGAUUGGGUGGCGGAGAUAACCAACUCCUUGCUGGCUAAAAAUAAACUCGGUUUUGUUACUGGUGACACGCCUCGUCCUGAACCAGGUCCGCAGCUGGAUGCUUGGAUCCGUUGCAAUGCUGCGGUGGUUGGGUGGUUGCGCACGGCCAUGAGUCGUGAUGUCCGCACCAGUCUUUCAUCUAGUCUUUCCGCGCAUCAAAUCUGGGAAGAACUCAGAGAAAGGUUCAGCACCGGCAAUCUCCCACGUCGCUACAAGCUUCGUCGCGACAUUACAGCUCUCCGUCAAGAUCACUUGAGCGUGGCAGCUUUCUACUCCAAACUAAAGCGCCUCUGGGACGAUUGGCUCACGUUGGACCCUCCUGCUCGUUGCACAUGUGGAAAGUGUGAGUGCCAUGUCGAGCAGCGCACUCGAUCUUCACAUGAGGAGAUGCGUCUACUUGAUUUUCUAAUCGGGUUGGAUGACAACUUCUCGGUCGUCCGCACUCAACUGCUCUCGAUGAAACCUACUCCUACCCUUGGCGCUGCGUAUCAGAUGGCAGCCAAUGAGGAGCAGCAACGUAGCCUUUCACAUGAGUCUCGUCCCUCGCCCGUUGAUGCUGCUGCUUUCAAGGGAAGGGAGACGUGCUUCCAGGUGAACCUCGCACUGCCGAAGGUCGCCCCUGGUGUACUCACUGUGAAAAGCUGGGGCACUUCAAAGCCACAUGCUAUGAGCUCAUUGUCUAUCCACAACGAUCAUCGUCUCAAGGAGGCGGCAAAUCCGGUGACAAGUCUAAGCGUCGCCACUCCAAGUCUUCUCGGCCUGACGCUAAGGCUGCUGCUGUUGAAAGUGACGCUAGCGGCGCUGUUCCUGGCUUAAACCCGGCACAAAUCGCCCAACUUCGGGCGUUCCUCAACAUGGAUUCUCCCAACAAACCAUCAGCCGGAAUGGCAGUCAACAUGUCAAGUAAUGUCUCUCCCUCUCUCGACUCAUGGAUUAUCGAUUCGGGCUGUAAUGAACACAUAGUUACGAA